AUGGCUGCCAAAAUGUACGCAUUCCCUCCCUCCCCUCCCUCCCUCCCCUCCCCUCCCACCUCCCUCAAUCCUCUCAAGAUCCCCUCGCCCCCCCCCUCCACUGACUCUCUCCACAGCCUCGUCAUCGGAGCCACAAACGGCAGCUUCAUCGAAGCAUUCACAAAAGCCACCGCCCUACACACAAAAAACAACUUCUCCCUCGCCCUCCUCCUCGGCGACCUCUUCGCCGCCCCCGGCACCACCGACACCCCCAGCGACACCGAAAACAUCCAAAAGCUCCUCCGCGGCGAGAUCAAGGUUCCCCUACCCACGUACUUUGGGCUCGGGCGACACUCGCUGCCGCCCAGCGUGCGCGAGAAGAUCGCAUCCUCCGCCGGCGAGGUCUGCGAGAACCUCUUCUUCCUCGGAAAGAAGACCGUCCUCAACACCUCCGAGGGCGUGCGCAUCGUCGCGCUCGGAGGCCGCCUCGACAGUAACAUCCAGACCGCCGCGAAGCCGGAGGCGGACGCGGGUGAGGCGGCGGAUCUACCGUAUUACUCCCCGCUGGAUGCGAGGACGCUCAAGGGCUGCAACAGCGCCGACCUGCUGCUGACGUACGACUGGCCGGCGGAUGUUGAGCGUGGCAGCGCAGUGCCUCUGCCCCCUGCGCUUGGCGGUGGUGGUAGUAGUGGUAGCCCGUCGAUUGCGGAGCUCGCAAUGAUGAUCCGCCCGCGGUACCACUUCGCGGCGGCGGGCGCGGCGUUCUGGGAGCGGGAGCCGUACAGGAACGUGGUGCGGGACAGCGAUGCGAAGGGGGAGGGGGCGCGGGUGACGCGGUUCCUGGGCGUGGGCGAUUGGGGGAAUGAGGCCAAGGCGAAGAGCUUGUAUGCGUUCAGCAUCACGCCGCAGGAUACGAAUGUCGCUGUGCCGCCGAACGCGACGCCGAGCCCGUAUAGGGAGAAGACCAAGAAGCGGACGGCGGGGCAGGCGGACGGCGGCGGCUCCUUCUUCUGGGGCGAGCAUAUCCGCGAUGACCGGGGCGGAAAGCGGGGGAAGGGCGGGCCGAGGGCGCCGAAACCCCCACCUGGACCCGAAAACUGCUUCUUCUGCCUCUCCUACCCCAAGCUCGAAAAGCACCUCAUCGUCUCCAUCGGCAACGACGCCUACCUCACCACCGCCAAGGGGCCGCUCACAAAGGCCUCCGCCACGCUCCCCUUCGCAGCGCACAUCCUCAUCAUCCCGCUCACACACACGCCCACGCUCGCGCUCAUCGACGACGGCGAGGCGCGCGCCAGCACGGCCGCAGAGAUGACGCGCUACAAGGACGCCAUCAGCGCCAUGCUCGAGCCGCGCGGGUUCGGCACCGUUACGUUCGAGAUUGCGCGUGCGGGAGGCGUGCAUGCGCAUUGGCAGGUUGUGCCCGUGCCGAGUGAUAAGAUGGAGGUGGUGGAGGAGGCGUUUAGAGGGGAGGCGGAGAGGGAUGGGUUGGCGGCGUUGGAGAGGCGGGAGGUGAGCGAGGGCGAGGAGUAUUUUAGGGUGUGGGUGGGGGGGAGGGGGGAGGGGGGGGCGUUGGUGCUGCCGUUGAGGGGGGGGGAGUAUUUUGAUUUGCAGUUUGGGCGGAGAGUGCUGGCGAAGGUGCUGGGGCUGCAGACGGUGCACUGGAAGGACUGUGUGCUGAGCUUGGAGGAGGAGAAGGGUGAUGCCGAGAGGUUCAAGGAGGCGUUUAAGGAGUUUGAUUUCAGCCUUUAG